CCCCAAUCGACAACAAACAACCAACCACCCCAAGGCAAUCCACCAGAACAGCAAACCCAACACACGAUGCCGCUCGAGUCCUGCAUGAUCAUCGUGGACAACUCCGAGUUCAUGCGGAACGGAGACUACGUGCCCACCCGGCUGGAGGCCCAGCAGGACGCGGCGAACCUUUUGGUGGGUGCCAAGACCCAGUCCCACCCCGAGUCGACCGUGGGGGUGUCCGCCGGGACGGAGCUCCUGGUGAGCCCGACGGAGGACGUCGGCAAGCUCCUCGGGGCCGUCCACGGGCUGUCGAUCGGGAGCAAGAGCCAGAACUUUCACCAGCACCAGCAGCCCAGCGGGGGAUCCAGCGUCACGGCCUCCCUCCAGGUGGCCUCGCUGGCCCUCAAGCACCGCAAGAACAAGAACGGGUCCCAGCGGAUCGUCCUCUUUGUGGGAUCCCCCCUCGACGGCCUCGAGUCCAGGGCACUGGCCAAGGCGGGCCGCCAGCUGAAGAAGAACAACGUCUCGAUCGACGUGGUGGCCAUGGGCGAGCUGGAGGUCAACGAGGCCAAGCUGAGGGACCUGGUGGACGCCGCCAACGGCCGGAACGCCGGGGACGGGGCCGAGCGGACCUGCCACCUGGUCACCAUCCCCCCGGGCGUCCUGCCCAGCGACGUCCUGGCCUCCUCGCCGGUCGUCCACGGCGGGACGGGGGGAUCGGCCUUUGCGGCGGCAGCGGCGGCGGCCGCCGCGGGGGUCACCUCGCCCUCGGGCCACGGCGGGGGUGGAGGAAGCGCCGACGCCUUUGCCGAGUUUGGCGGCGUCGACCCCAACAUGGACCCGGAGCUGGCCAUGGCCCUGAGGGUCAGCAUGGAGGAGGAACGGGCCCGCCAGGAAAGGCUCGCGGCCCAGCAGGCCCGGGAACAGCAGGAAGGCGCAAGACCGGAAGCCGACGCCGACGCACCGGCACCGGGCGGGGACGCCGAAAUGCCCGACGCGGGGGCGGCCGGAUCCUCCGGGGCAUCGGCAUCGGCAUCGGCAUCGGCAUCGGCGGAAGCCCCCUCCGCCAUGGACCUGGGACUCAGCGAGGAGGAGGCCCUCCUGCAGCAGGCCCUGGCCAUGUCGAUGAACGAGAACGAGCCGCCGGCAGCGGCCGCCUCUGCCCCGGCUUCCGAGGGGGCCGGCGGCGGCGGCGAGGAGGACGACGACGACGAGGCCGCCGCCAUGCAGCUCGCCCUGCAAAUGUCCCUGGCCCAGGCCGGGCAGGACGAAACGCCCGGUGGGAGUGGCAGUGGAAGCACCGACCAGGCCAGGUUCCAGGACCCGGGCUUUGUCAACCAGCUCCUGGGCUCCCUGCCGGGGGUCAACCCCAACGACCCGGCCAUCCAGAGCGCCCUCCAGAACAUGGCCAAGGACGGGGAGAACGAGAACGAGAACGACAAGGACGAAAGCGAAACGAAAAAGGGCCCCGGUGGGGACGACGGCGCCAAAAAGGAGUAGGCGAGGCGAGGCUAGGCUAGGCGAGGCGGCGGCUUCUUCGUUCGAUACUACUGUACUAACUAGUAACUAGUAAGAUAAGAUGCUCGGUCGUUUUUGCGGCGUGCGCUGUUUUUUUUGUAGUUGCGUUAGUACAGUACAGUGCAGUAUAGCACAGUAGUCUACCGGAGUGGUGCUCUCUUUCGUGGCUUUUUCCGGUGAGGGCAGCGCAUUCCAAGUACUGUAUACAAGCGAAGCAAGAAUCCCUCUGAUUCCAAGAGAUGAAAGACCCAAAACAAACCGAGUACUGGAAUGGCGGCCUUCAGGGUAUGAUUCACUAGUACUCCAAACCAACAGAGUACUGGAAGGGUAGCAUCCAGGGAAAAAAUCGGUACUACAUUGAUCUCGGGAAACAAAUGAAUGCAAUCACAAAGC